UUUACAUGCCAGUCACACGCUACCCUCAUUUCUCCUCUGAAAAACCGCACCCAGCAAAACAGAAAAAACCAAAACCUGAAAAAAGCCUCACUACCUAACCAAGCAACAAUGGAAUCGUCACAGAACCACGACACUUCACGGACCGUCGCUACUAACUGGACCAUCGCCAGUGGCUCUCUCGUCGAUUCACUCGCGUUCGAGUCCUCUCUUUCCCUUAUCACCCACGACGAUAAUAAUGAUCAGGGUCAAUUCUCCACCGUCGAUUCUAAAUCGAAAUCUCCUCUUAUCCUCUACGCUCCUGCACCCGAUUCCGCUCCCUGCGAGAUCACUAUAAAUUUUGCACAAAAACAUGAAGUGAGGCAGGUUUAUGUUCGAAGUACUGCUCGAGUUUAUGAAAUAUACUGUGCCCCUGAGCAGCAGAGCAGCAUUGAGUAUCUUUGUACUGUUCGCUGUGGCAUUGCUGCUAGAGAUGAAGAAGUGCUGCAUGCUACCAAUGUUGAAGAAGCUGUUUUGGCACAUGCAAGUUCUGUUCAAGAAUCAGCUGAAGAGAAACUCAGAAAUGGUAGUAGCCUAUCCCCCAAUGAAGAUGACUGGGUUGAAGUGAAAGCUCUUGAUAGUCCCCUGGUCAUCAACAGAAACAGUUCAUCAUCAAAUUCUGAUAUAAAGCCAGAAAGAAACUCGCAGAACUUUCAGGAUUUUUAUGAAGCUACAGCAGAGAUCACUGAUGCAAACCCGUCCACUUCCCUUACACUCAGGCUGCUUUCGCUUCAGAAUAAAGGUUAUGUUUGUGUUGAUGAAGUUUAUGUAUUUGGUGAUCCUGCUGACACAAGUAAUUCGGAUAAUCAAGCGGGUCCAAUGGAGAACUCCGCUGGAAAUUCACUUAUGGCCAUGCUUGUACCUGCCUUUUUUCAGUUGUCUAAAACAAAGGGUAUUGGUGGAGGAGAAGAUAAAUCCAAUAUUGAUACAAGUGAAAGACAGAAUUAUCAGGACAAUGGGACAGAAGCAGCUGCUCCUGUUGAUGUUGAGAAGAAAAUUCAGGAGGAAGUGAGGUUGCAAGAAGCAGCUGGGCCUACUUCCAAACCUGUCCAGCAUGAGAUCUCCCAACAAGUUUCAAAUACAGAGAGCAAGCCUAAUAUUUCACACAAUCAUUUUGAAGGUGUUCUGGAUCAGCUUGUUUCUCGAGUUAACAGAAUAGAGGAUCUCUUUUUGAAGUUUGAGUAAAGUAUGCUGAAGCCCAUUAACAGCAUUGAUGUGAGGCUCCAGCGAGUCGAGCAGCAACUUGAUGCGCUCACAAAGAAAACUGAGAGCUCUGCAUUGGUUUCUUGCACAAGAAUAUCUGCUCCUGAUUUUUCAUGCAGUGAACCAGAGACCAGCUCGUAUAACAGUAGUAGUGAUAUCAGUUAUGUGGCAUGUGAAGAAAAUAGGAGCCACUCUCUUUCUCCUCUGACGUCUGUUCUCCCUGAUGCCACCCCUGUUUCUGUAAAUGACACAAUGUUACAACCUGGUCUGGUAGUUACUGCUCCUGAGUUCUCGAAUUAUGAUGGUGAGGAAGAAGAUCAUGCGGUGGAAUCAUUGCAGGAAUCUCCAAAGGAUAAACAAAAGCAUACUAUGUCAAUUGAUGAUGCUUUAGCAUAUGCACUUGCUGGAUUCUUAUCUUCAACUUCAAUCCAGUCCCAGAAAUAUUCUCAAACUCUUGUAGUUAAGACUCCUGAUUUUACAAGCGAAGAAGAAAACACCAAUGAGAACGUGACUCCACCUAUAGUUGAAUCUGAACGAAAUAUGGACCCUCCCAUUUGUUUUUGUGAAUCUGAUGGGACAGAGCACUUGGGAAAUUCACUUUCAUCUGUAUCAAAUAUUACAUCUUUAGAGGGCGAUGAGAAUGUGAUGAGAUCUCUUAAUGAUAACAACUCCUCAAAAAUGGUUAACGGGGUUGAUGAGCAAUGCCAUCGUAGCGAGGGGGGAGAAAGUGAUUCACAGGACAUCUGUGUUGGCCAUGCAGGUGCACCAGCCACACAUGAUGUGGUGGGCACGGAUUCGUAUCACCUGGAAAACGACAUAAAGGAUGGGGAAAUUGACAAUAAAAUAAGCAAAAUUCCUGAUCUUCAGAAAACCGAGAGUCUGAAACAGUUUUCUAAAGAUCAGACUGAUGAUGGCUCUGUUACCACCCAGGAAAUGGCUGUUUCACAUGAAUUAGUCGCUUCCAAAGGCACUGAAGAAGAAUCUAAACAAGACAUUCUGCAGAACAUUGUUGAACUGUCACGAGCUUCUUCUGUAGUAGAUUUUGAAUCUCCAAUCCUGGAAGUGAAAUUUGUUUCGCAAGGAAACUUAGGUAUCAAGUCUCCCCUUGAAGCCCUUUUGGCUGGCAUGCCUGAUCUGGAAGUUGAAACUCCAUCAGCUAUGGAAGACAAUAAUAACGGGUCUAAAAAUGGCGAUCAGUGCAGCUUAAUUGCAGUCGAGGAUUUUGGAGCAGAAGGUUCUGGAACUGAUACCCACAUUUCAGUGGACAUGGAUUAUUACCGUCUUAAUGAGACGCCUUCAAAUAUCGAAGCUGAUAAACCAUACGACUGUUAUACAAGCAGCAGCCAGGAAAUGCCAGCUGUAAGUCUGAUAUGAGAAUGAGCUGCUGUUCAUAUGUAGAUGCUAAGCUGUAUAUAAAUCCGUACUUUAAGCAGUACUCUGGCAGCUACUAUCUUCUUCGACCGCUCUACCCUUCACUUCUACCAUUGUCAACGUGUUUAGUUGAUGGCAAAUGCCAAAGGCUUCUCUAGGAAUUCCAGAAUGGAUCUUUUUGUGCAAUAUACGUGCUGUUUUAAUUGUUGUGACAAGAUAUGCGGAUUGAUGAGGAAUUAGGAUGUAAUUUGUUAGAAACUGAUGGAUCUGAAUAUUUUAUAAUAUGUUAUUUUUGUUUAA